AUGGCGCUCGACGAGUACUACCACAACAAAAUCGAGGCCAUGAAGCUGGAGAUCCUCAAGGGACAGGCCGCUCUCCGACGUCUCGAAGCACAGCGCAACGACUACAACUCGCGCGUGCGAUUACUCAGAGAAGAGCUGGGCCUGCUGCAGCAACCAGGCUCCUAUGUCGGCGAGGUCGUCAAGGUCAUGGGCACUAAGAAGGUCCUCGUCAAGGUGCAUCCCGAAGGCAAAUACGUUGUCGACGUCUCUGACAAUGUCGACGUCAGCAAAUUGACGGCCGGGAAGCGCGUCACCCUCCUCUCAGACAGCUACAAGCUGGAAAAGCUGCUGCCAUCCUCGGUCGACCCCCUCGUCUCCCUCAUGAUGGUCGAAAAGGUGCCCGACAGCACGUACGACAUGAUCGGGGGGCUGGACCAGCAGAUCAAGGAAAUCAAAGAAGUCAUCGAGCUCGGUCUCAAGCACCCCGAGCUGUUCGAGUCCCUCGGCAUCGCCCAACCCAAGGGCGUCCUUCUGUACGGCCCCCCCGGCACGGGCAAAACCCUUCUCGCCCGAGCCGUCGCCCACCACACCGCCUGCAAGUUCAUCCGCGUAUCCGGGUCGGAACUGGUGCAAAAGUACAUAGGAGAAGGCUCCCGCAUGGUUCGCGAGCUCUUCAUCAUGGCCCGUGAGCACGCGCCGUCCAUCAUCUUCAUGGACGAGAUCGACUCCAUCGGCUCCUCUCGCGUGGAGGGCUCCUCAGGGGGCGACUCGGAAGUCCAGCGCACCAUGCUGGAGCUCCUCAACCAGCUGGACGGCUUCGAGCCCACCAAGAACAUCAAGAUCAUCAUGGCGACCAACCGGCUGGACAUUCUGGACCCCGCCCUCCUGCGACCCGGUCGCAUCGACAGGAAGAUUGAGUUCCCCCCGCCGAGCAUCGAGGCCAGAGCGGAUAUCUUGAGGAUCCACAGCCGCAAAAUGAACCUCACCCGAGGCAUCAACCUGACCAAGAUUGCCGAGAAGAUGAACGGGUGCUCUGGCGCCGAGCUGAAGGGCGUCUGCACCGAGGCGGGCAUGUACGCUCUGCGCGAGAGGCGAGUCCACGUCACGCAGGAGGAUUUCGAGCUCGCCACCGCCAAGGUUCUGAACAAGCAUGAUGACAAGGAGGUUUCGCUGGGCAAGCUGUGGAAGUAG